CCUCCUCUGUGUUUGCGUAAGGUUCGCUGUGUAUUGUGGGGCUCGGAGGGAACCCCUAACGCACUGUACUACAGCAUUAUUCUCAAAUGAAUCCGCCUGUGGUUACUCUGCCAAAGGGAGUAUUACUGGUAUACAUUAACAUGCUUGACAACAAACUGGGAAUAAACAUAAUUCUGUGAAUGUCCGGGUUACUUUGUGGGCUGGCUUAAGGGAGACAAACAAGAAGGCGCUGCAGUCGUAGUCGACUGCGUUUGUUGUGGACAUGUUAUGUUGUAAUACGAAGUAGGAAAGGAAAACGGCACCACAGCAACCAAAUAAAUUAGCUGUCCCUCAAUCGAAGAUUCAAUUUUCCCAAUUGGUUGUGUCAUACUGGAUCCUCCAGCAUUUUCAACCCGAUGUCCAUGAAACCGCAUGAACACACGCUGGGGAGGACUUUCUGUUCCGUAGACAGAGUGAAUUCCGCAUCCACUCGCUUCAGUUUGCUUUGCCCCAUCUUUUGAUCCUGCUUUGGGACUGAAAUGAAGAAGGUAGUUUACUGGUCUUCAGAAGAGGUGUCCAGCUGGCUGGCAGAGGAAGGCAUGCCGGAAUACACUGAUUCCUUCCAGCGUCUGAACGGCGAGGACUUGCUGCGGCUGACCGAGGCUGACUUCAAGAAGCCCCCUCUGUCGCUGGUCUCCUCGGACAAUGGGCAGCGACUGCUCGACAAGAUCAAGACGCUCAACAUUGAGCACCAUAUUGAAGCCCACAAGAAUGGGCACGCCAAUGGGCACCUCAUCAAGGGCAACGAUGGGGACGUCGGCAGCAAAGCCAAACGCAGUGGCGUGCCCAACGGCUUCCGCAAUGAGAUGGUACAGAUCCACAUGCCAAUGCCUGAGAAAUCACACUUCCCCAUGGAGUGGGGCAAGACAGCCCUGGCCUUCAUCUAUGCACUUUUCUGUUUUGUCUUCACAACGGUCAUGAUCUCUGUGGUCCACGAGCGAGUGCCUCCUAAGGAGGAAACCCCUCCGUUGCCCGACAAGUUCUUUGACAUUUUUGACCGGGUGGAGUGGGCAUUCUCUAUAUGUGAGAUUAAUGGCAUGAUUCUUGUGGCACUGUGGCUCAUUCAGUGGACUUUGUUAAAAUACAAAUCCAUUGUGGGACGACGAUUCUUCUUUAUUGUCGGCACGCUCUACCUGUACAGGUGUAUCACAAUGUAUAUCACAACACUCCCUGUGCCUGGGAAGCACUUCAAGUGUUCUCCAAAGCUGCUUGGAGACUGGGAAGCUCAGAUGAGGAGAGUAAUAAAAAUGAUUGCAGGUGGUGGGCUUUCUAUCACAGGGUCACACACCAUGUGUGGGGAUUACCUGUAUAGUGGGCAUACAGUCAUUUUAACACUCACCUACCUAUUUAUUAAAGAGUAUUCUCCCAGGCGGUUCUGGUGGUAUCAUUGGAUCUGCUGGUUUCUCAGUGUUGUUGGGAUCUUCUGUAUUCUGCUAGCCCACGACCACUACACUGUGGAUGUGGUGGUGGCAUACUACAUCACUACUCGCCUUUUUUGGUGGUACCACACCAUGGCCAAUCAGCAAAUACUAAAAGAAGCCACCAAUACUAACUUUUUUUCCCGGGUCUGGUGGUACAGAGCUUUCCAGUACUUGGAACAGAAUGUCAGUGGGACUGUACCUCGCAACUACCAGCUGCCCUUUUCCUGGCGAGCGACCCCAUUCAGUAGAAAUGUGAAAUAUACUCGGUUAGACACAUAACAAUGGCAAAGCCCAGGUGGCUAUGAAGUCAUGGGUAUUGAGGAUGAUAUGGAAAGACCACCUGAAGUGCUACGAUCUCGCCACGAGAAGAUGCCAUAGUGAAUUCAUUGCUAAUCCUUAGUUUAUUGUUCAUUUUUGACUUGUUCCAGUAAAACUGGUCAGCACUGUGAUUUUUUUAUUUCCAAAGGAUUCCAUUUUUGGACAAACAUUUAGAACAUGCAUUGUACAGUCAUUUGUGUUGAUCAAUUUUGUGUUUUGCCAUUAGCCAAAACCAUGCUUCUUUGUAAAUCUGUCAAAUUUAAAACCUGAUUUUAUUUUGUGUCUCUCCAAUCUUCUGGAUAAAAAUUGAGUUUCUUACAAGAGUCCCAGUGAUUGAGUUGUAAGCCUUUUCCAAGCAAGGUCUAUACUAUGUACAAGAACAUGUUGCCUCUAUAAGAUCACAGUAUAUUUUGAAAUUCUGUGUUAUCAAUGUGGCAGGCUUGAAAUUUUUGUUGUGGAAAGUUUUUUUUUUUAUUUUUUUUUUAUUUUUUUAUUUUAAACAAUCAGCCUUUUUUGUAAAAACAAAACAAAGAAAGGGUUAAAAAGUGAUUUUUCUAAAGUAUUUUACACGUUUAUUUUUCAAACAAAUGAUGACUAUGAUGUCUAAAGAAAAUCAAAUGGACUUUUAGAUUUUUACAUUUUGGAAAGAAAGCAAACGGGGGGGGGGGGAUGUUGUAUGUUCUGUUUUCUAGUGCCUUUCUUGUAUUGAUUGUACAGUCUGUCAGUGGUCUCAUUUAAUGUAUUUCUGU